UCAGUCUCAUAGCCAUUCAGUUUAUAAACAUAAUUGGCCAAAAAUGACAUUUGGCUGGAGGAUUGUGGUGGGAGCAAUAAUUGGGUUUCUUGGAGCAGCAUUUGGGAGUGCAGGAGGUGUUGGUGGGGGCGGCAUUUUUGUCCCAAUGCUAACCCUAGUAAUUGGAUUUGAUGCAAAAUCAUCAAUAGCCAUAUCAAAAUUUAUGAUCACAGGCGCAGCAGCUUCAACAGUAUACUACAAUUUGAACGAGAGGCAUCCUACACUUGAAAUGCCAGUGAUUGACUAUGAUCUUGCUCUUCUGUUCCAACCAAUGUUGGUGUUAGGAGUUAGCAUUGGAGUUACUCUCAAUGUGAUUUUUGCAGAUUGGAUGAUCACAGUUCUACUAAUUAUUCUGUUCAUUUUUAUCUCAACGAAGGCAUUCUUAAAGGGCAUUCAAUCAUGGAAGAAAGAAACCAUAAUAAAAAAGGAGGCUCCCAGAUGUCUGGAAUCCAAUGGCGAGUAUUACCACAAUUUUGAAGUUGUGGUUCCAUCUCCUCCUCGUGGAAGCUUAAGCAAUGAUGCUCAAACAGAAACCAAUCAGGCUCCUAAAAAGGAAAAGGUGUCUGUUAUAAAAAAUGUUUACUGGAAAGCACUUGGAUUUCUCUUCUCUGUCUGGUUAAUUAUUCUUGCAUUGCAGAUUGCUAAGAAUUAUGUAAGAACUUGUUCUGUGCCAUACUGGAUAUUUGACUUUGCUCAGGUUCCGGUUGCUGCUUCAGUAACUAUAUAUCAGGCAGUUAGGCUUCACAAAGGACAACGAAGAAUUGCAUCAAAAGGAGCAGCAGGGACCGACUUGAGAGUAGUCAAGUUGGUCAUGUAUUGUUUCUGUGGUUUAUUAGCUGGUGCUGUUGGUGGUUUGCUUGGUCUUGGUGGAGGAUUCAUUUUAGGACCUCUUUUUCUUGAGAUGGGAAUCCCUCCUCAGGUCUCAAGCGCCACAUCUACUUUUGCAAUGACAUUUUCUGCUUCCAUGUCUGUGAUCGAAUAUUACCUUCUGAAACGUUUCCCAGUUCCUUAUGCUGUCUACUUUUUUUGUGUGACUACAAUUGCUGGGCUUGUGGGGCAAUCUGUGGUGAAGAAAGUGAUUGAUAUGUUAGGAAGAGCAUCUAUAAUAAUCUUCAUUCUGUCUUUCACAGUUCUUGUCAGUGCAAUAUCACUAGGUGGGGUUGGCUUAGCUGACAUGAUAAAAAAGAUUCAAAGGAAGGAGUACAUGGGAUUUGACACCAUUUGCUCAUAAGUCAUAUACACGUCAU